UUCAAUAUAGAAAAGCAUGUUUGAAUAUGGAAAUGGGAGAGAGAGAUCGGAUUCAAUUCACUGAUAUAUAAAGAACUUAUGAGACCAAUCGAACCUCAGUCACUCGACGAAACCGCCCGAAGCUCGAAAUCUAAAGAAAGCCAACAGAAACAAUAAAAAAUGGAAGACGAUCAAGAUGAAGAACAGACCGCUCUGGUAUGCGACAACGGUUCCGGUCUUGUAAAAGGCGGUUUUGCGGGAGAUGACGCACCAAGAGCAGUCUUCCCAUCAAUCGUUGGACGACCCAGGCAUCAGGGCGUCAUGGUUGGUAUGGGUCAAAAGGACAGCUAUGUUGGUGACGAAGCUCAAAGCAAGAGAGGUAUUCUUACAUUGAAAUAUCCCAUCGAACACGGUAUCAUCACCAACUGGGAUGAUAUGGAAAAGAUCUGGCAUCACACCUUCUACAACGAACUUCGUGUUGCUCCAGAAGAACAUCCCGUCCUCCUGACUGAAGCCCCACUCAACCCUAAGGCUAACAGAGAAAAGAUGACACAAAUUAUGUUCGAAACUUUCAACGUACCAGCAAUGUACGUCGCCAUCCAGGCCGUACUUUCCCUCUAUGCUUCCGGCAGAACUACAGGUAUUGUGCUCGACUCCGGUGACGGUGUUUCCCACAACGUCCCAAUUUAUGAAGGUUAUGCGCUUCCUCACGCAAUCAUGCGUUUGGAUUUGGCCGGUCGCGAUCUCACUGAUUACUUGAUGAAGAUUCUGACUGAGAGGGGCUACUCUUUCGUCACAACAGCUGAACGUGAAAUCGUUCGUGACAUCAAGGAAAAAUUGUGCUAUGUUGCUCUUGACUUCGAACAAGAAAUGGCAACUGCUGCCUCAUCAUCUUCUCUCGAAAAGAGCUACGAACUUCCUGACGGUCAAGUUAUCACAAUCGGUAACGAAAGAUUCCGUUGCCCAGAGACCUUGUUCCAACCAUCAUUCAUCGGUAUGGAAUCGUCCGGUGUUCACGAAACAACUUACAACUCCAUCAUGAAGUGCGACAUUGAUAUCCGUAAGGACUUGUACGCCAACAACGUUCUCUCCGGAGGUACCACCAUGUACCCAGGUAUUGCUGAUCGUAUGCAAAAGGAAAUCACUGCUCUUGCACCAAGCACAAUGAAAAUCAAAAUCAUCGCUCCACCAGAGAGGAAAUACUCCGUCUGGAUCGGAGGAUCCAUUCUUGCUUCCCUUUCCACUUUCCAACAGAUGUGGAUCACCAAACAAGAAUACGACGAAUCUGGUCCCUCAAUUGUCCACAGAAAAUGUUUCUAAAUUGUUUAUUUUGUUAUAUUUUUGGCACUUUACUAUUACUACUACUAUUUUAUUUAGAGAUUCACGAUUUAGGCCGAAUACGCUACGAGGCCAAACUAUAAAAUCUAUCUAUCAGUGCUAUUUUCAAUACAUUUUAGUAACCUUUUCAAUUGGACGACCGGUUAAUCAUUGGAAGAACAAUAAAUAAAUUCGUACAUUGAAAA